GAGGCGGCGGGAUGUCGAAGCGCAGAAUACAUUAUGUGAGAAUUAAACAGUCCAUGUAGCUGUUCCAGCUUUUAUUUUGGAGGUUAUUCUGUACAUUAGGCUCAUUUUUUUUCUAUUUGUUCCAUUUGGCCUAUAAAGGGGAGGAUGAGUGUGGAGACGGUGGACCGGGUGGCUGCUGUGACCAGCGGCCGGCCCAGCACCCCCCUCCAGACGUCCUGGUUUGAGUUCCUCCUGGACGGCAGCCUGCUGGAGAACCACCUGCAGAAGUCAUACCCAGACCCAACACCAGUGCAGCUGAUCAUCCAGUUCCUGGAGCAGGCGUCCAAACCCUCUGUGAACGAGCAGAACCAGGUGCAGCCUCCAGCAGACAACCGCCGGAACCGCACCCUGAAGCUGCUGGCCCUGAAGGUCGCUGCACACAUGAAGUGGGAUCUGGAUGCUCUGGAGAAAGGUUUGACCAUUCCAGUAUUAAAUAUGUUACUCAACGAGCUCCUGUGUGUGAGCAAAGUGCCUCCAGGGGUGAAACAUGUGGACCUGGACCUCUCCACUCUGCCUCCCACUACGGCCAUGGCUGUCAUCAUAUACAACCGCUGGGCCAUCAGAACCAUUGUGCUGAGCAGCUUCCCUGAGAAACAGACCAAACCAGGACCUCACCAGAUGAACAUGUUAAGUAUAGUGCAGCAGGAGAAGGAGAUGACUGAAAACAUCCUCACUGUGCUGAAAGAGCAGGCGACGGACUCCAUCAGUGUCCUGGAAGGAGCUCUGCAGCUGAAGAAAGAUUUCUAUGUUCACACUCUGAGGACUCUGGACCUGCUGGCUGCUGACGCUGCUGCCAACGGGGAGACGGAGUCCUCCACCGCAGGGCUCAGGAUCAGUGCUGACGAGCUGCACUGUCAGGUGAAUUAUGAUCUGGGAGGGAUUUUCUUCCAGCAAGGCUGCACAGAUCAGACAGCCUAUGAGAAAGCCCGGGAUCACUUCAGACAGACUAAGGAACUGUUUACAAAGCUGGAUUCCACCGUCCACGUCCACCUGGAUGAGAAGCGUCUGGCCGGCUACUGGAACGCCUGCAAAGCUCUGACUGAAGACUGCGACCCGUCAGACACACAGAACACGCCCUACAACCAGAUCAACAGCCUGAUCAGAGCGCACAACCACCAGGCUGUCAUUGAAGCCUUCAUCAAAGACAACAUGUGCCGCAGUUUGCCAAUCAACUUCAGACGCUCUGUUCUCAGAGAGUUCCUGUACAAAGUCCAACAAGGGGAGUCCAGUCUGGACGAGGUUUGCUACAAGCUGUGUGUUUGCAACGCUGUCCGAGAUGCUUUGGAAGGAGAAGUGCUCAGUGUGCGCUUCCACCAGCUGCUCCUCAAGCCCAGCAAGAAGAUGGUGGACUUCAUUUUAGAGGUCUGCACACUUUCACUGGGAAAAGACCGCCCGUCUGAGUCAUCCAGGAGGAACAUGGCCACUUUCAUGAAGACUCUGUGUGAGACCCUGCAGGAGCUGCCUCUGCUGAUGGGGGUCUCCUCUCAUAAGCUCUUUGUGGAGCUGCUGAAGGAGGAGGACAGGAAGGUGCUGGUGGAGCAGCUGAGGAAGAAAUCAGCCACCAUCAACCUCAGCGCCAAGCCUCUGCCUUCCUUCUAUGACAUUCCAGCUUCGUCGAGUGUGAGCAUCGGGCAACUGGAGCAGCAGCUCAUCCUCUCACUGGAGCCCCGCAGGAUCAGGCAAAUCCUCAUCGAGCUGCACGGCAUGGCUGAGAGACCCUUCUGGAGGGUCAACAGCAAGUGGGAAGUUCCUAAGGACUACAUCAAUGUGAUCCUGGGCAUCAAAGACAACCUGACUAAGGACCUGGUUUACAUCUUCAUGGCCAAAGGACUGCACUGCAUAUCAAUAAAGGACUUUCCCCACGCCCGACAGCUGUACUCUGCCUGCCUGGAGCUGGUCACCGAGUUUUCCCCCAAGCUGAGGCAGGUGAUGCUGAACGAGAUGCUGCUGCUGGAGGUCCGCGCGCAUGAGACCAUGGCAGCCGAGGGCAGCAAGGAGAGACCCCCCUCAGACCUGGUCAGCAGGGUGAGGGGAUACCUGGAGAUGAGGAUACAUGAUCUGCCUCUGCGUCAGGUGGUGGGGGAGGAGUGUGUGGCCUUCAUGUUGAACUGGAGGGAGAAUGACUACCUGACCCUGCAGGUGCCCCCCUCUCUGGUCAUGAACAACCCGUACAUCAAGAUCGGUCAGCUGCUGGCUUCCACGUGCAAAGAGCUGCCGGGUCCUAAAGAGUGCCGGCGCACAGCCAAGGAGCUGUGGGACGUGGUGGUCCAGAUCUGCAGCAUGUCCGUCCAGCACAAGAGGAACAACGACGGCAGAGUGGGGCUCAUCAAACAGAGGGAGUCCUCCAUGGGCAUCCUGCAGCGGAGCAAAUUCAUCACUUUCAUCAAGAAACUUCGAGAGCCGCUGGUGCUGACGACCCUCAUCUCACUGUUUGUCAGGUUCCACAGCAUAGUGCGGGGGCAUGUAGGUUCCAGUGCGGGAGAAGCAGUGAGAGGGAAACACAAGAUAGGGCAGGGAUAUUCAGGUUUCAGAACAGCAAGAGAAGUGAGAGGGAAGCACGUGGUAGGACAGGUAAGAGUUCACACAAGAACAAAUAAAUAUACAGUUCAGGCCUAAAUGAUUAGCCCCCCAGGAGUUGUGGAACAUUUUCCUAAAAUUCUUCCCAAUGUUUCCAGCAUUGAUAAAACUUGAUAUAAUCAAACAUUCACCAGUGCUAUUUAGUAGCUUUUGGUACAUUUUGGAACAUAAAAUAAGUUUUUAGGCUUGCUUUAUAUCAAAUAUAGUGAAGCAUGGGUUGGUCAAACAUAUUAGCCCCCAGGCCAUUAAUAGUCCAUUUGUACCCUUUCUGAGCCACAACUGAAAACAACCUCUUAGAGUAGUUCUUUAGGUUGGCACAGGUCUCUUGAGGGACUUUGGCCCAUUCUUCCUUUGCAAAUGGUUCAAGCUGGUCCAAAUUGUGUGGUUUCCGAGCAUGGACAUUCACUUUGAGCACCCGCCACAGAUUGUCGAUAGGAUUGAGAUCUGGGCUCUGUGCGGGCCACUCCAGCACCUUGGCUUUGGUGUCCUUUAGGAACUUUUGGACCAAUGUGUGCUUUGGGUCAUUGUCUUGUUGGAAGACCCAGCGACGACCUAAGCGAAGACUAAGAGCAGAUCUUUUCAUAUGAUCCCUCAAAAUGUCACCAUCAUUUUCUUUUGUCAUGAUGGCUUGCACCCGAACAAGGCUCCCUGUGCCUGAGGCUGCAAAACAACCCCACAGCACGAUGUGUUCUUAGGGUUGAAGGCCUCUCCCUUUCUUCGCCAAACAUGAGCAACAUCCAUGUGCCCAAACAGUUCCAGUUUAGUCUCAUCAGACCAAAGCACAGACUUCCAAAACUCAUCUUUACCUUUCAAAUGUUCACGGGCAAACCUCAGUCUGGCUCUGAUGUCCCGCUCUCUGAGUAAAGGGGUUCUUCUGGGACGGUGGCCCUGAAGCCCACCACGAUGAAGAGCCCUCACAACUGUGUUCCUUGAAACAUCAAUUCCAGAAGAGGCCAGGUCAGCAACAAUCAUCUUGGCAGAUGUCCGGGGAUUCUUGCUGACAUCUCUGACUAUUUUCCUCUUGAAAUCUUGCGCUUUCGACCGCGCCUAGGUUUGUUUCUUACAGAAUGUGUCUCCUUGUACUUCGCAAUGAUGCAACGAACAGCAGUUCUAGACACUGUGAAGCGCUUGGACAUAGCAGUACAGCCUUCCCCCUUAUCAGGAGCCUCCACUAUUUUCUUUCCUUUGUCUUUGGCAUGGUGAGUAGGAGUAGUAGUAUAGUCCCUCUCAAAAAAGGUAUUCAAGUGCCUGUUUCUUGGAGUCCUUUGAUGCUGAUUGAAAGCUCAGGUGUGGCUUGAAAGCUGAUUCAUUGAUUUCGCUUGCUUUGAAAGCAAAAAUUCACAUGGGGCUAAUAUUUUUGACCAACCCAUUUUUCAC